UUUAAUAACAAGAUUAAUAUAAGCAAAUGUGUCUUUUUAUCCCCCUAAUUUAUCGCUGAACAGAGAGAGAGACUUACAAAAAUUCUCCAAAUAAAAUUUGUUCUUUCUUUUUUUUUAUUCUAACCAAUUUCUUCCCCAGAAAUCACACAUAGUUUUUAUUCAAACGUCCUAGAAAUAGAUCUUUUUUCACGUUCUGAAGUAUUCAUCUUAUCAUCAUCAACAUCAUCAUUGUCUAAGGUUGAUUUAAUGGCAGAAUUGAGAUGUUAUUAACAGGUAAAACAGAUUAACAGAAACAGAACCAAAACACAAGAAUAAGACAAAAGCACAACAUCUGAAAAACAUGUUCUGUUGCGGAGGUGCGGAUGAGGAACCUGCCGGUCCGCCCGCAAACCAGUAUAAUUCAGCCCCUCCUAACAAGGCCGGAAACCCUAACUUUGGCGGUGGAAAUAGAGGGGAGCCGAGGAAUACGAACGCACCGAGAUCAGGAGGUCCUGCAAAGGUUUUACCCAUAGAGAUCCCUGCUGUUGCAUUGGAUGAGUUGAAUAGAAUGACGAGUAACUUUGGCAACAAGGCACUGAUCGGUGAAGGUUCUUAUGGACGUGUCUUCCAAGGCAAGUAUAAUGGAGAUGAUGUUGCUAUCAAGAAGCUUGACGCUAGCUCUUCUGAAGAACCUGACUCCGAUUUCACCUCACAGUUAUCGGUUGUAUCACGGCUCAAAAACGAACAUUUUGUGGAGUUGAUGGGGUACUGCUUAGAAGCAAAUAACCGCAUUCUCAUCUACGAGUUCGCAACCAAAGGCUCUUUACACGAUGUAUUACACGGGAGAAAGGGAGUCCAAGGGGCUGAGCCAGGGCCAGUGCUGAACUGGAACCAGAGGGUCAAGAUCGCGUAUGGAGCAGCCAAGGGGAUGGAGUUCCUUCACGAGAAGGUCCAGCCACCAAUAGUACACAGGGACGUAAGGUCGAGCAAUGUCUUGUUGUUUAAUGACUUUGUCGCCAAAAUGGCUGAUUUCAACUUGACCAACGCAUCCUCCGAUACCGCGGCUAGGCUUCACUCCACUCGUGUCUUGGGAACGUUCGGCUAUCACGCUCCAGAGUAUGCUAUGACGGGGCAGAUAACGCAGAAGAGUGAUGUGUAUAGUUUUGGUGUUGUGCUUUUGGAACUCUUGACGGGAAGAAAACCUGUAGAUCAUACCAUGCCUAAAGGCCAACAAAGUCUUGUUACUUGGGCAACUCCGAGGUUAAGUGAAGACAAAGUUAAACAAUGCAUAGAUCCUAAGCUUAAUAAUGACUUCCCUCCCAAAGCAGUCGCCAAGUUAGCAGCCGUGGCGGCCUUGUGUGUACAGUACGAAGCAGACUUCAGACCAAACAUGACAAUCGUUGUAAAGGCACUACAGCCUCUUCUCAACUCUAGACCGGCUGGUCCCGAGUGUACUUCCUAAAUUAACCAAAUCACCAUUUCUCUUGUUUUUGUUGUUGUUGUUGUUAAGCCUUUUUUCUGUUCAAACAAAAAUGAUUGUUGGUUAUAUAAGAUGUUGUUACUUAAAUCGAAUGUAACUUACAAUUUUCAAUGGUUUAAAGCAAUCUCUCUCUUUUUGGUUGUAAGAAGCCAGCAUGAAAUAUUAAAUUAGCUGCCAGAUACAAAUUAAAAAACGAUGUACUCUGUUUCUCUUUUCUGAGCUCAUUGAAACCAAAACCCUCGAGGACUGUUUAUGAUCUUUUCUAUCUUCUGAGUGUGUUCAGGAGAGUUUAUCUUUGGGCCGAGAUAACGAAGCCCAUAAGGCCCAUUGAUGGUGUAGCGACGGUGGAGCAUGUUCAGGGGAGAGAGCAGGUGAUCGGCGAUUGAGAGAGAGGAGAUCAUGGGAACGAGAGAAGUAUACGAAGAGAAGCUGAGGGGUGGGAAUCUUGAUUAUGAUACGACAAUGAACCCUGGUCUUGGUUCUGCUCGGUGUCCUCGUUGCCUUUCCCUCUUAAACCCUAAUCCAGUGAGCUGUCAAAGUUUGUUUCAGUGCUUUUUUUUAGUUAUGAUGGUGUCUGAAAAAAAAACAGUUUCUUUUGUUCUUGUCAUCAGGAGAAAGGAGAAUGGACCAUCACUUCAGUUCUGCAUGAUGCUGCUGCUGUGGUCAGUUUUGGUUUGGUUUUGAGUUUUCCUUUAGUAAUGUUUUGGUUUGGUACUACCGUGACAUGUAUCAGCUUUUUUUGACAACGUGGAAAUCGAAUUUAUCUGAUUGUGCAUGUAGAACUACUAUGUUUCUAACUAGGUUAUCCAAUGUGCAAUAGCCUGGCUCUGGUAUUGGUGGCUUGCUUAGUGCCGUCCAUGCUUUCAAUACAGGUAUCGCAUGAUUCCCUUGUUAUCAAAUCAUUUCUACAAUGUCAUGGAUCUCGUUUCUUUUCUCUUUCAGGGAUACCCGAUCUUCAAAAUCGGUUUUCUGGGUCAAAGCGGCUCUCCUUUCUUGUAGGAGUAUGUAUUUGAUCUUGCCUUGUCUCCUAGUUCUGGACUUCUUCAUAUGAAUGUUCUUUUGCUUCUCACUUAUAGCUUUUACUUGUAGGUUCCAUUGCUGUUAGGAUAUUCAGGUGUAGGGGCUGCCUUUGGAGGUAACAGGAUCUUCUUUGGUGACUUGCUUCACUUUGUGCCUAAAUGUGCAUUAUCAAUAUGUCCUGCGUUAGUGAUUAAAUGCAUGCCCCAUUGUCCUGAAAUAUUGUGAAAGGGCUGUAUUUUGAACCUGUGGGAUUAUAAUUAGCUGUUGGAGUUCUCUGUUUUAUAUUACCCCAAAGAAGUGUUAUGUCCAUGAGUUCUCAUGUAUUAUGUAUAUACAUCUGUAUGUUUUCUUUCAAGAAAGCACUUGAACUUUUUGAUCUUGUAACAAUAUUUGAUCAGCUGACAGUUACCUCGUAUUAUGCAUCUUCAAGUGCUUCACAUUAUGGGAUCUCUAUGCUCACCUGCCAUAUCGAAGAAUAUUACCUCUCUCGAACUCUGAAAGAAUAGGUAAAAUGAAAUCAGCACAGAUAAACAAGAAUCUAUUCUACUAGCCUGGCUGAGCAGCUUAUCAAUAUUGAAAUUAAACAUGAUUUUGGGCUAUCCUUAAUUAUGGGUUCCAAUAAUCUUAUUUGCUUAACCCAAAGUUAAGUUAAGGUUCUAGAAUCUUUCUAGAAAAAUCAUAAAAAAUCAUCACCUCCUCAAAUGUUCUAGAGAUCUCUUUUGGAUAAGUAUUAGUAAAAAAAAUCUAGAUAUUAUGGUUGAGAGUUCUAGAGAUUAAGAUAAGGUUUGUAAGAUAUUUUGUACUUUUGGAGCCUAUAAAUAGCUCUCUCUUCUCUCAUUUGUUACAUAACACAAGAAGUUGAACAAUUGUAAUAAUAAGAAAGUUUUUCUUAAAGAAAAAGUGUUCUACUCAAAGUUCUCUAAAUCUUUUGAGAGUUCUUCCAUAUUAUUCUUCAUACUUAGAAAUUCUCUCGGUUCUUUCGGGUUCUCGGGUAUUACGGUCUUGGGCUAGUGCUAAGCACUAUCAAGGGUUGGUUUCUUUACAUGGUAUCAGAGCCAAGCUAAUCUUGUGCUCAUCAAGAUCGGUUUUUAAAGAGAGCUCGGGUCUAUUCUAAGUAUGGAAUCAACGGGUCGUGUUGUUGGAUUGGGAAUGGAAAUCCUAAACCAAUCUAACUUCCGGUUAUGGAAGUCAUGCAUGGAGUCAUACCUGGUGAGUGAGGACUUAUGGGAUGUCGUCGGUGGUAACAACACAACACCACCAAGGGGAAAUGUUGC